CUCGCUCAGUCUGCGGCGCGAAGGGGCGGCGUGCGGAGCUGGCGUGAGGCGCGGAUCCCCGCUCGGCCCGGAGUUUUAAUUUUUUUUUAAUUUUUUUUACCACCACCCCCCCUUCGCCCGCCUGCUUUCCCCAUGGAGUUCAAGCUGGAGGCUCAUCGCAUCGUCAGCAUCUCGCUGGGCAAGAUCUACAGCGCGCGGGGCCAGCGCGGCGGCCUGAAGCUGCACAAGAACCUCCUGGUGUCGCUGGUGCUGCGCAGCGCCCGGCAGGUCUACCUGAGCGAGCCGGGCUGCCCGCCCGAGCCGCCCCCCGCCGCCGCCGGGCCCGCUGAGGAGGAGCCGCCGCCCCCGCCGGGGCCCCCGCCGCCGCACUGCCCCCGCAAGCGGAGCGCCGGCGAGCGCGGCCAGGCGGGCUCCCCGGUGAAGAAGCCCCGCCGCGAGGAAGAGGAGCCGCCGCCGCUGCCGCCGCCCUCGCCGCCCGGCGAGCAGGAGGACAUGGAGACGGGCAACGUGGCCAGCCUCAUCAGCAUCUUCGGCUCCAGCUUCUCGGGACUGCUCAGCAAGGAGCCCAAGGGCCGGCGGCGACCGCCUCUGGACGGCGGCGAGGCGGCGGCGGGCACGGCGCCCGCCGAGGCGGCGGCCGAGCCGGGACAGAUCUGCUGCGACGAGCCGGUGCUGCGGACCCUGAACCCCUGGAGCACGGCCAUCGUGGCCUUCUGAUGCCCCGGCCGCAGAGACUGGCUGCCCGCCGCGGGCCGGGGGGCCCGGAGGUGACACCCACCGAGCGCCGCGGGGCUCCGGCGCCGGCCAGACCCGGCGUCCUUGGCCGCCGCGCGGGAGGGAGCGCGGGGCAGCGGCGGCAGCGCUUCCCCGUGCCCCGGCGGGUCCCGGCUGCCGGCGCCCGCCCUGGGAGCGCCCCCGGCCCUGCCCUCCCGGAAUUCCCCUUCCCGGCAGAGCCGCCGCCCUCCCCGGCGCCCGGGGGAGGCUCCUCGGCUGCCGCCGACCCCGGGGCCGCCCCCGGCGGGUGAUAUUUUAAGUUUGGAAAGUAUUAAGUUUAUUAAAUAAAGUGUCUAUUUUGGAAAGGUUUAGGUCAGAACUAUUACAUGGUGCUUUUUAAAAGUGUUUAUUGAGAGGAACGAAGUUUACAGACGCUCUGACGGAAAGUCCUUGAGCCUGUUUGUUAGGCUUGGUAACUCCCGGUCUUUGUUGUAUAAAGGCUUGGGGCUCCCGUAGGGAAUUUUGUACAGUGUUCUCCUUCAGUGAUGUAUCAUGUUUUGUAUAAAAUGUAAUUUCUACGUGUACAACACGUAUUAAAUAUUUUCAACUGUA